AUGAGCAAAAAGAUGUUGAAAUUUGUUUUUCUUUUAAGAUUAUUGGCAUUUUACCUGAUCAGCUGCACAUUAGCUGAGGACGAGUACGAGUAUGAAGAUGAACCAGCAGCUCCAGUAGUUACUCAAGCACCUGCAAAACCUGCAAGCAGACUAGGAAGCUUAUUAUCUCCGCGGGGAAGAGCUCCAAUUGGUCGUAAAACUUCCUCAACAACAACCACCACAUCUAAACCAGUUGAACAAGCUGUAGAAGAAGAGACAGAACUCGAUGAUGAAGUGGAUGAUGAAAAUGCUGAACAAGAAGAUAUCCCAACUACUACAACAGAGGCAUCAAAAAAACUCCGAGCUGGAGGUAUCAUGAGAUCAUUCAGAACCAAUGAAGAUCUUUUGGCUGCUUUGAAAAGACGACGAGCUCAAGCCGGUACCCACAGAGAAACCUCCACACAUUCAUCCGUUGAAGCUUCUACUUCAAAAUCAAAAUCAUUGAGCGGAAGAAAUAAAAGUAAUUCUAAUAGUGAGUCCUCUACCAGACCAGGAACUCGCGGAAGAUUUGGAAGUAAUAGUAGAGGUAAAGUUCAAGAGCAAACCGAAGAAACACAGCAAGAUGAGGUUCAAGUAAAAAGUAAACCUUACCAGAGAGGAUGA